AUGCAUCUUCCACACCUGCUCGCCCUCCCGCCUGCUAUCAUCGCUCUUUGCGCAGCAACGCCAGGACUCGCCGCAGAGGAAUCGCAAUGGCCGCACAACGUACCCCGACAUCUGAAAUACUUCCCCGAAGACGAGGUCCACGCAAAGCGCGGGCUGAGCGUCAAGCAAAGACUGCAACAUGAGAAACCCAUUGGAGUGAAGAAGAUGAGCAUGGACGAAGGCGAGAUGUUCAUGCUGGACAACUGGAUAUUCGCUGCUCAGGACACGCCGUCUCAAUCACAAUCCUCGAGGAGAUCAGACUACGACCUCUUUGGCAAUGCAACCUCUCAGGCUCUCUCGCCUUUGCGCCCUCUCGCGCAGUCUGACUGGCUGGCGCGUAUGCACAUCAGAGACAUACUGAUGAACCGCCAAUUCAAGUGCCCAGAUGGAACGGCGAGUUGCGAGAGUAUAGGCGCACCGGAUGUGUGCUGUGGCACGGGAAGCACUUGUAUCAGUGUGACCGGGAGCUCGGCUGCAGGCGAUGUGGGAUGUUGUCCUAGUGGACAGACUUGCGCAGGCAGUGUGAGUUGUGACGAGGCGAGCGGGUAUACGAGUUGUCCUGGGACGGACAAUGGCGGGUGCUGUUUGCCGGGGUUCAAGUGUCAGGGUAUUGGAUGCGUUGCGGAAGGUACAUCGACGUCCUUUGUCCAGCCCUCUACCUCUUCAUCCACUCCGUCGGCCACUUCUACUUCGACAACUGCCGCCGCCAUUCCCACCACAUCAUCUACAACCAGCACGACCCCCGAACCAACAUCCACCUCCACCUCGCGCUCCGCAUACACUUGCUCAACAGGCUGGUUCUCAUGCCCCGCCUCUCUCGGCGGCGGCUGCUGCAUGAAUGGUCGUACCUGCGCAACCGGCGCCUCAUGCCUCGGAGAGGACGACAACCCCUCUUCCACACGCGCUCCAGACGCCCCUGUGCGUCCUACCAGCGCCGCCGUGACAACCGGCGCCUCCAGCGACAACAUCUGCCCCACAGGCUUCUACGUUUGUAGCGCAUACUACCCAUCCGGCUGCUGUCGUGUGGGCAGGGAUUGCCAGACCACGGGCUCCUGCGCUUUACCUCCGUCCGAUACUAUUGUAAACACCAACGGUGUGGUCAUUGUGGCACCGACGGGGGCUGAGAGCGCAGGAAGCUGUCCUAGUGCGUGGUAUAGCUGCCCGGCGGAUGCUGGUGGUAAUUGUUGUCCCAACGGGUACGCGUGUGGUGAGCAGUGCACGGCGACUGCGAGUGGCCAGAGUGGCGUGACGAGUAAAGCGGAACCCAGCAGCAGCAGUGGUAGUCAGGCGAGUUUUGUUUCGAGAUUGAGUGUCUGGGGAAUGGCCGUGGCGUCUGUCGGCUGUGGACUUGGUAUGAUUGUGCUGUGA